AUGGUCGAUCAUUCAGUAUCAUAUCCUGAUAAAAGAGAUUCCAAGGCUUUGGUUAUCGCCAAUGACCGUCUAUAUGCCUCCGUCAAUAAGUCAACAGGAAUCAUGGAUAUCCUGACUCUAGAUGGGCAGAACCUCCUCGGCACGAAAGAGUAUAAUGAAGUCACCCCUGGUGGUAAUGCAGCUGGCCAGAACGGUAUCGGACCAUAUCUGGACUGCUAUUGUGUGCCUUCUGGCGCGUAUACUCCCGGCAAGUAUGCUACAUUCAAACUAUUCAAUGGCAGUGACUCGACUGGAGUACCCUAUGGUGGUAUCGUUAUGUCGGAAAUUUAUCCAAUUACUGGGCAAGUGCUCGAGCAGUAUUGGUUUUUGAGGGACACAGAGAGUGGGCUACAUACUUUUUCUCGUUUGGCUUAUUAUAACGAGACGAAGCCGUUCUUGAGGAACCUGCAAGAGUUCAGAACGCUGUUCAGACCGACUACACCUCUGUGGACUCACAUCUCGACAAACGACAAGAUCAAUGCUCCUUUACCAUCAUCAGACACUCUGAAGUACUCAAAGACAGUCCAGGAUGCGACUUGGUAUAUUGGCAACUAUACCGAGGCACCUUAUGUGGAGCAAUUCGCCGAUUACUUCACAAAGUAUACUUUCUCGGACGAGUGGAGAGACCACAAAGUCCAUGGAAUGUAUGGCGACGGAUCCACGAGCAAGGACGGGUCGACUUUCGGCGCUUGGCUUGUGAUGAAUACUGUCGAUACCUACUUUGGUGGUCCAACACACUCUGAUCUGACGGUGGACGGUAUUGUAUAUAACUACAUCUCUUCGAAUCACCAUGGAGAUAACGUCCCUAAUAUCACUACCGGAUUUGACCGUACCUUUGGGCCUCAAUACUUCCACUUCAACAAAGGAUCCAACACGACCACCUUGGCAGAGUUGCGUGCGGAGGCCGAACAAUUUGCCUCCCCUAUCUGGAACACUGCAUUCUACGACUCUAUCGCUCAUCUGGUGCCAAAUUACAUUCCAUCCACGAAAAGAUCGACAUGGAAGGGUCGCAUCGAUCUGCCCAAGGGUGCAAAGCGUCCCAUUGCCGUGCUCGCCCAGAACGGUGUCGACUUCCAGGACAACGUUCUAGACGUCCAAGCUUACCAGUAUUGGGGUGAUGUUGACCAGAAAGGAAAUAUCGAGAUCCCUAUGGUUAAACCGGGGACUUACAGACUCACCGUAUAUGCCGAUGGCAUCUUUGGUCAGUAUAUCCAAGACGAUAUCGUGGUUGCACUCGGCAAGGUCACCACGACCAAAGUCAAAUGGCGUGAAGAGACUGCCGGAAAAGAACUCUGGCGUAUCGGUACCCCUGAUCGCAGCAGCGGAGAGUACAGGCAUGGCGACCAAGGUGAUCCAAGCAAGCCCUUACAGCCUCCCGAGUACAGAAUAUACUGGGGUAAUUGGGACUUCCCGAUCGAUUACCCUGAUGGCGUGAUUUUCGAGGUCGGCAAGAGCGAUGAGCAGAAGGACUUCAAUUAUGUCCAUUGGAGCGUGUUUGGCGGCUAUGCAAACUCGGUUAGACCAGAGCCCUACUAUGAGAAGGUCAAUAACUGGACCGUAUUGUUCAAUGCGAAGAAGAGCGAAUUGAAGAAAGCAAAGGACGCUACCCUCACAAUACAACUGGCAGGUGCAAAGACAGCUGCCGGCAACACAGACAACUGGAAUGCGACACAGCUGUGGAACAACCUACCCCUGACAGUAGUCAUGAACGGCAAUGAGCUCGAGCCUUGGGAUAUCCCGUGGAACCAAAGCAGUUCAUGCGCCACCAGAUCUGCUGUGAUCUGUUAUGCUCUUGCGCACAAGUACGAGUUCGACGCCGUCCUGUUGAAGGAAGGCCAGAACACGAUGAUCUUGAGCUUGCCGUUCAAUGCCACAGAUUAUGAGAGUGCAGUGCUUCCAAGAAGUACCUAUGUCCAGUACGACAGCUUGCGACUGGAAGUCGAGUAG